GGAGGGGGGCACAGACACAGAGGUAUAAAUAUCGAAGAUUCUAGAGGAAAUCAUCACAUCACAGCAAGAGAGGGGAAAGAGCAGAAGCGUGCGACAGAGAGAGACGAAGGAAAAGUGUGACCUUUGAAGCACACGUGAAGAAUAGAGAGACGAAGAAGACGACCAAAGAGAAGAGAAGAAACAGAGGAAUCAGAAUAGGAGGAGAGGGCACUGAAGGGGGAAGAAAUACUGCAAUCAAAUCCAUCUUAAGGUAACCAUGUUUGGAGCUCACAUACACACGGCAGAAAGGACUCUCCUAUUUGGUGCCCUCCUUGUGAGUGUGCUCACGCCAUGCCUCUCUGUCUAUAGAGGAGGAGAGUGCUACUUCAACACCAAAGGAAGCUGUGAGUACCAGGGAAAGGUAUAUGGUAUAGGAGAAAGCUGGAUAAAUACAGACUGCUACCAGUGUAUAUGCAUGGAACCGUUUGGAGUUGGCUGCUGUGAAGAUGGCUCACAACCUGUAGAUUAUCCUGACUGGUGUGAGGUCAUCAGGAAGCCAGACUCCUGCAUCAGUGUCGCAGUGAUGCGGGCCAAUCACAAGCUUCCUUGCCUCUUCGGAAAGUGGGGUAGGCUGCGAGGUGAGAGCUGGAAGACGGACAACGACCCCAUGUUCUAAUCUACUCACACCUGACAGCCUCUGAUACAGCCAAUACCGUCAAGAUUCGUGCAAGAAGUGAAAAGCACACAAGAAAGCCUCGGAUGAAAAGAUUUGCACACACAACUGCAGCUAUUUGUAGAAUAUUUUACUGGUUGUCAUAAUAAUAUUUUCAGUUUUAACAUGGCUUACAUGAAUCACUAUGAAAUCCAAUGUCUGAAUUAUUGAUUGGUUAAAUAAAAAGCUGUUUCAUUACUGAG